AUGCUGCUGUGGCUGCUGCUGUUGGUCCUGGGAAAAGCUCCAAAGGCUUUUCUUCUUCUCAACCCUCCAUGGUCCACUGCCUUCAAAGGAGAGAGCGUGACCCUCACAUGCAGUGUGCCCCAUUCUCCAGCCCAAGGAGUCGUACUUUGGUAUCGUAACAAUGAUUUGUUGAAAAAUAGAGAUAAAGAGUUCAGAAUAAGAAAGUCUGGAUUUUACAAAUGCAAGACCCAACAAUCUUCCCUCAGCGACUCUGAGUAUGUGGAAUUCUCAUCUGACUCGCUGAUCCUGCAGGCUCCAUACCUCGUCUUUGAAGGAGAGGAUCUAAUUCUGAGAUGCCAGGUGAAGGAAAAGAAAACCAAUGAAAUAAUAUACUAUAAAGAUGGAGAAACACUUGGUACUUCUAAUAACUUGGAGUUCAUACUAAAAUCAGUCCCCCCAGGCAAUGGCAAGUACCAUUGUGGAGUUCAUAUAAAGGGGUGGUUUUCACCUAAAUAUGAAGAGUCAAAACAUCUACUGAUCAAAGUUCAAGGAGCCCUAAGGACUGUGUGUUUCUUCUCUCUAGAGCUGUUUGCACAUCCUGUGCUAAGAACCAGCCCUUCCCGACCCACAGAGGGGAGCCCAGUGACCUUGAAAUGCGAGACUCAGCUGCAUCCACAGAGAUUAGGCAUUCAGCUUCAAUUCAGUUUCUUCAAAGCAAAUCAGACCCUGGGGUCAGGCUGGAGCAGCUCCCCAGAGCUUCAGAUCCCCACCGUGUGGAGUGAAGACACUGGCUCUUACUCUUGCUGGGCACAGACUGAGACACACAGAGUCCAGAAGAGAAGCUUCAGAUCCCUGAUUCAAGUGCAGAGAGUUCCCGUGUCUGAUGUGAGUCUAGUGGUCUGGCCUCCCCAGGGACAGCUGAUUGAAGGAGGAAAACUGGUCCUUGUCUGCUCAGUGGCUAAAGGUACAGGGACCAUCACAUUCUCCUGGCACAAAGAGGGCACAUCAAGUCUGGGGAGAAAGACUCAGCAUUCCCUGUCAGCUGAGCUGCAGAUCCCUUCUGUGACGGAGCACCAUGCGGGGAGGUACUACUGUUCAGCUGACAACAUCGAUGGCCCUAUACUCAGCAAAUGGAUUACAGUCACACUCAAAAUUCCAGCAUCCCGCCCUGUCCUCACGCUCAGGACUCCUGGGGCCCAGAUUGUGGUGGGGGACCUGGUGGAGCUUCACUGUGAGGCCCAGAGGGGGUCUCCCCCGAUCCUGUACCGGUUUUAUCAUGAGGAUGUCAUCCUGGGAAACAGCUCAGCCCUCUCUGGAGGAGGCGUGUCCUUCAACCUUUUUCCGACCCCAGAACAUUCUGGAAGCUACUCCUGUGAGGCUGACAAUGGCCUGGGAGCCCAGCGCAGUGACAGAGUGACUGUCAACAUUCUAGUUCCAGUGUCCCGCCCUGUGCUCACUCUCAUGGCUCCCGCCCGGGCUGCAGUGGGGGAUGUGGUGGAGCUUCACUGUGAAGCCCAGAGGGGGUCUCCCCCCAUCCUUUACUGGUUUUAUCAUGAGAAUGUCACCCUGGGAAACAGCUCAGCCCCUUCUGGAGGAGGAGUGUCUUUCAACCUUUCUCUGACUGCAGAACAUUCUGGAAACUACUCUUGUGAGGCUGGCAAUGGCUUGGGGGCCCAGCGCAGUGAGAUGGUAACACUCAAUUUCCCAGUACCUCCUAGGAACAAAAUAACCCAAAUCACCGUGGGAGUCGUGGGGGCCCUGCUGAGCCUUGCAGCUUCUGCUGCUCUGGUAGGACACCUCAGGACCUGGAAGAGAUCAGGAGGACUUUCUGCACCUGGCACACCUAGUGCCAAUGAUUGUCAGGAGCCUUCCCUGUCCAGGUCUGCCAUCACAGCCCCACCAGUACCCACCCACAAUGAGUCACCAGUCCUAAUGGAACUGCAACCAGUAUAUAGCAAUGUAAAUCCUGGAGAUUAUGGCUUGGUUUACUCCCAGAUCUGGAACAUCCAGCAAAAAAAAGAAAAUUCAGCAAAUUCACCAAGGAUGCAUCAGAAGGAUAAGGAACCCACAAUUAUCUACUCAGAGUUGAGGAAUGCACAUACAGAUGACUUUGCAGGGCAAGCGUUCAGUAGCGGCAGGACCCAUGAAGAUGCUGCAGAAAACUAUGAGAAUGUCUCAUGUGCGUUAUUGGCCUUGGACCACUAGCCUUAUAACCAAAGUCCCCACCAAGACCCUGUUUUCUCCACAUACCUUCCCUCUGCCUCCAGGACUCUUUCUCCAAGGGAGCUGGGCUGUAGGGGCCAUGAGCCUGUGUGUUUCUCUAGGAACAGUUUAUGCAGCUAUAUUCUGUUCACAUGUGAGACAUAUAUGAAUAUAGGACAUGGCAGGUGGAAGAUGAAUUCCUCAGUCUAUGAAAUAAAGGAUGAGAAAGAAACAAGAGUGUAAUAUAAGUGUGAUGAGGAGCUUUUAUAUUAUACUUCUGCAUAAAUAAUUCACUGUAAAUAUUUGUCUCCUUUUUUGUGAGGUUCCUGGUGGCAUUGCUGAUGUUCUGUUAUACAUGCUUGGUCCAGGCACCAAAUUAGAAAUGGCCAGAAGGAUUAAGUCUAUCUACAUACAUACAAUUUCUUCUUAAAAUUUACAUCAGUUGUAAGAUUUUUAAAUAACUCCAUCCAUUUAAUGGGAGAUAACUUCAAAAUUGUUUGACAAGAGUUAUGAUCUGAAUUGUGUUCCCUCAACAUUCAUCUGUUGGAGCCUAAUUCUCACUGUGACUCUAAUUGGAGAUGAGGUCUUUAAGGAAGUUAUUAAAGGUCAGUGAGGUCAUAUGACAAGUCCUGAUCCAAUUAAACUAGUGUCCUUACAAGAAGUUGAAGAGAUGCUAGAGACCUCUCUCUCUCUCUUUUUCUCUCUCUCUCUCACUCUCUCUCUC